GCCCGGCGUGCAGCCUAAGGUGGGGACGGCUGAGCCAUGGCGGCCCUGCUGAGACCGGCCCGCUGGCUCUUCCGCGCCGGGGCGGCCCCGCACCUCCCGCUCUCCCUGCGCCUUCUAGCGGGCGGCCCGAGCCGGCCGCACGCCGCCUUCUGUCCGCGCGCCGCUCGCGCCGGGCCCGUCGCCGGAGAGCUACUGAGCCAAGCCAGGCUAUAUGCCAUUGCUGCUGAAAAAAAGAAUUAUCUUCAAGAGGAGCCCAGUUCUUCUCAUAGAAGGAAUGCCGGUCAGUUUGAUUGGGCUCUAAUGAGGCUAGAUAAUUCUGUCCGAAGAACUGGCCGCAUCCCUAAGACUCUUCUACAAAAAGUCUUUGAUAACAUCUGCCACUCAGGUAGCCCAGGUGGUAAUCAAGCCUUGCUUCUGCUGCGCAGCUGUGGUUCUCUCUUGCCUGAACUAAAGCUCUCAGAGAGAACAGAAUUUGCUCAUAGGAUAUGGGACAAACUUCAGAAAUUGGGUACUGUGUAUGAUGUAAGUCACUAUAAUGCUUUGCUUAAAGUCUACCUUCAAAAUGAGUAUAAAUUUUCACCAACUGACUUCUUGGAAAAAAUGGAGAAAGCAAACAUUCAACCAAAUCGAGUGACAUACCAAAGGUUGAUUGCUGCUUAUUGUAAUAUGGGAGACAUUGAAGGUGCCAGCAAGAUUCUUGGAUUUAUGAAAACUAAGGAUCUUCCAGUCACAGAGGCAGUAUUCAGUGCUCUUGUUACGGGGCAUGCAAGAGCUGGAGAUAUGGAGAAUGCAGAAAAUAUUCUCACAGUGAUGAAAGAGGCUGGAAUUGAGCCUGGUCCGGACACAUACCUAGCACUGUUGAAUGCAUAUGCCGAGAAGGGUGACAUUGACCAUGUUAAACAGACCCUGGAGAAAGUGGAGAAGUCUGAUCUUUACCUUAUGGAUCGUGAUAUAUUGCAAAUUAUCUUUAGCUUCAGUAAAGCUGGGUAUCCUCAAUAUGUCUCAGAAAUUUUGGAAAAAGUUACGUAUGAAAGAAGAUAUAUUCCAGAUACAAUGAACCUCAUUUUGCUUUUGGUCACUGAAAAAUUGGAAGAUACAGCAUUGCAGAUUUUAUUAGCAUGUCCUAUAUCAAGGGAAAACAGUCUGAGUGACUUUGGCAGUUUCUUUUUACGACACUGUGUGACUAUGAAUACGCCUGCAGAGAAGCUUAAAGACUACUGUAAGAAGUUAAAGGAAGCCCAGAUGCACACAUCUCCUUUCCAGUUCACACUCCAGUGUGCUUUACUAGCCAAAAAAUUCGAUUUGGCAAAAGCUCUAAUGAAGGCUCUGAAGGAAGAAGGUUUUCCUAUCAGAACUCAUUAUUUCUGGCCAUUACUAGUUGGACAUCAGAAGGAGAAAAAUGUUCAAGGUAUAGUUGAAGUCCUCAAAGGAAUGCAUGAAAUAGGAGUAACUCCUGAUCAAGAGACAUACAUAAAUUACGUGUUUCCAUGCUUUGAUAGUGUAAAGUCAGUUCGUGCUAUUUUGCAGGAAAAUGGAUGUCUACAUGAAGAUAGUAUAUUUUCUCAAGCUGAAUUGAGAAUUGAAGCAGUAAAUGGAAACUUAGACUAUAUUUUAUCAUUUUUGGAAUCAAAUACAUUGCCUUUCUCAUUUGCUUCAUUGAGAGGCAGCCUAAUUCUAGGCUUUAGGAGGUCUAUGAAUAUAAACCUUUGGAGCAAGAUAACAGAACUGUUGUACAAGGAUGGACGUUAUUGCCAGGAGCCUCCAGGACCAACGGAAGCUGUUGGCUAUUUUCUUUAUAACUUGAUUGACAGCAUGAGUGACUCAGAGGUACAGGCCAAGGAGGAGCGUUUGAGACAAUACUUCCAUCAGCUGAUGGAGAUGAAUGUAAAAAUUCCUGAAAAUAUCUACAGAGGCAUUCGUAAUCUGCUGGAUAGCUACCAUGUUCCUGAAUUGAUUAAGGAUGUUAAUAUGUUGGUUGAAAGAGAGAAGACAGACUCUCGAAAAACUACGCAGCCUACAUCAUCUGAUUUGGAGUCUAAACUUGAAAAACUAAAAGCUGAAAAUCAACCUAUAGGAGAUGUCCUAAAGCAACUCAUAUUAAUGCUGUGUUCAGAAGAGAACAUGCAAAAAGCUCUUGAAUUGAAAGCAAAAUAUGAAUCAGAUAUGGUUAUCGGUGGCUAUGCCUCUUUAAUAAAUUUGUGCUGUCGACAUGAUAAUGCAGAAGAGGCAUUGAACCUGAAACGAGAAUUUGACCGUUUAGAUUCUUCUGCUGUCCUUGAUACCAGCAAGUGUGUAAGACUUGUAAAAGUAUUGGGAAAACAUGGCAAGCUCCAAGAUGCUAUUAACAUUCUAAAGGAGAUGAAAGAGAAGGAUGUUCUUAUCAAAGAUGCAACAGUCUUGUCCUUUUUCCACAUCCUAAAUGGCGCAGCUUUAAGAGGUGAAACUGAAACAGUAAAACAGUUGCAUGAAGCCAUCGUGACUCUAGGGUUAGCAAAACCAUCUACCACCUUAAGUUCCCCAUUGGUCACCCUGUAUCUGGAAAAGGAUGACUUACCUACUGCUCUUGAAGUCAUGAUUGACUGCUAUGAAAAGUAUAAAAUACUACCAAGGAUUCAUGAUGUCCUAUGUAAACUGAUAGAGAAAGGCGAGACUGAUCUAAUUCAGAAAGCAAUGGACUUUGUGAGCCAAGAACAAGGUGAAAUGACUAUGCUGUAUGAUCUCUUCUUUGCCUUCCUACAAACAGGAAAUUACAAAGAGGCCAAGAAGAUCAUUGAGACUCCAGGCAUUAGAGCUCGGCCUACAAGACUUCAGUGGUUUUGUGAUAGAUGUAUUGCAAGUACUCAGGUUGAAACUCUAGAAAAAUUAGUGGAGCUGACACAGAAGCUAUUUGAAUGCGAUAGAGACCAGCUAUACUACAAUCUGUUAAAACUGUACAAAGUGAAUGGUGACUGGCAAAGAGCUGAUGCUGUCUGGAAUAAAAUGCAAGAAGAAAAUAUUAUUCCUCGUGGGAAGACAUUAAGGUUAUUAGCGGAAAUCCUUAGGAACAGUAACCAAGAGGUUCCAUUUGAUGUACCUGAGUUGUGGUAUGAGGAUGAAAAACAUUCCCUGACUUCAUCACCUUCACCUGUAGAAGUUAGUCUCCAGAAAGAGCUAUUGAAUGCCUGCCACGGGAGGAGAGACAAAGAUGCAUUUAAUAUUUUCCUGAAAGCGAAAAAGCAAAACAUUGUGUUCAAUAGUGAAACUUAUGCCUGUCUUAUAAACUUACUGUUGAUGAAGGAUAAUCCUACACAAGCAAUGCAAGUGAAAGAUUUCGCUGAGACCCACAUCAAGGGCUUCACACUGAACGAUGCUGCCAACAGCCUCCUCAUCAUAACGCAAGUUAGGCGGGAUUAUUUGAAAGAUGCUCUAACAACACUAAAAACAGCCUUGGAUCUGGAGCAGAUACCUUCUAGGGUAGCAGUGACCCGCCUUAUUCAGGCAUGUGCCUUGAAGGGUGAUACAGAAAGCAUACAAGACAUUCAGAAGUUGGUAAAUGGACUGGAAGAUUCAAUUGGACUUUCCCGUAUGGUUUUCAUCAAUAACAUUGCUUUGGCACAAAUAAAGAACAAUAACAUAGAUGGUGCAAUAGAAAACAUUGAAAAUAUGCUUACUUCAGGGAACCAAACCAUGGAACCUCAGUACUUUGGCUUGGCAUACUUAUUCCGAAAAGUCAUAGAGGAGCGGUUGGAACCAGCACUUGAAAAGAUAAGCAUCAUGGCGGAGAGAAUGGCCAAUCAGUUUGCAAUUUACAAACCUGUCACCGAUCUUUUCCUUCAGCUUGUGGAUUCAGGCAAGGUGGAUGAUGCCAGAGCUCUCCUACAGAGAUGUGGUGCAAUUGCUGAACAAACCCCAAUUUUCUUGGUGUUCUGUAUUAGGAAUUCUCGGAGACCCGGAAAGGCACCAACUGUGAAGUCUUUGUUAGAAUUGAUUCCUGAAUUAACUGAAAAGGAAGAAGCAUACACUUCCAUCAUGAAAAUCUAUGUCUUGGACAGUGAUGUCGCAUCUGCUAAAGCACUAUAUGAAAAUUUGACUGCGAAGGAUGUAAAAUUGAAUGAUCUGUUUCUAAAGCGUUAUGCAGUUUUGCUGAAGAAUGCUGGAGAGCCUGUCCCUUUCACUGAACCCCCUGAAAGCUUUGAAUUUUAUGCAAAGCAGCUAAAGGAGUCAAAGGAAAACCCUUUGUGAAGCAAGCCGGCAACUACUUUGUUUUGUGUGUAUUUGUGAUUCUGUGUCUAAAAUGUUACUUUUUAAAUGUAUUUGAGAGGACAAAAUAAACAAAUGAAAAGUUACUUUGUUUAUGUACUUUUAUUUAUUCAUAAUAUAUGAUAAUCAACAUCUUAUUGACAAUAACUGUGUAUACUAAGUCACUAGACUUCUUUGGGUUUUGCCUACAAUGUAGGUCUGUGGCAUUUUCCUUGAGGCUCCUGGUGUAAAAAGCCAUAGUUUUUCAAGGUUCUUCUCCCAUUUGACUUUUCAGAUUCCCAGCUCUAUUUCAUUUAUUAUUUUCAUAAAAAGAUUGUUCCUUUAGUUAAGACUUGCUUGUCAGUAUUGUUUAUCUGAAAAAUUUUGGAGCUGGACAAAAUGAUGCUUAGUGGGCUUUCUAAUGCUUAAUAUUCUAUGAAGUAACAAUUCUUUAUUACUGUAAAGCCCUGCGUACUUUUCCAGUUUUGUAAAAUGUUGGCACCAGAAGGCAUCCCAGGAGUCAUCAAAUGCAGCACUCUUCAUUUCCCAGUGAGAAGCUAAGACUCAAAGAGACUUGUUUGGUCAGGGUGCUCCCUCCAUGCCUUCCCUUCUACCACGGAGGCUCCCACAAACCUCUGUUCACUGGAGUCUCCAAAACUGCAUCUGAGUGUGAGUUUGAUCAUGAAGUAAGAGCAAUGCAUUUCCUUCGUCUUGGUUUCAGGUCUUCAUCAGCACAAGCUACACCCUACACUGGACUUGUUACUUCAUACCGCAUAUCAGUGAAUAUGUGAGUAAGUAUAUGAAGGAGUGAAACCUCUGUUUGUAUUCAGUUUUAUCAAAGUUGUCCUCAAAUUGGCCUUCAUGCCUGUUAAUAUCUAUACUGUAAAUAGUUACUAUAAAAGAAUUUAAGAUGGGUAGUCAAGACAGUUUACCAUCUUAAUGUAAUGUUAACCUAUUUGGGGAUUAUAUUAUUUAAAAAGUUGAAAAUGCGUUGUUGAGAGUUAUCCCCACUUUGGUGUAUCCCUUGUUCAUUUGAAAUCGGUGAUUAGCUACUGUUUUGGUUUCAGUGAGGUUACUUGGUUCCCACCAUUUACUUGAAGGGAGACCUUGCCUUGGGGAGUAAGCCAGCCUCACACUGUGUGCCGCUAACCUGUGUCUUGUGGGAUCAACCAUUCUGCAUCUACAGCCUGCAGAUGGCAUGAGAGGGAGGGUUGAUGGAGGGAAGCCAAAAAAUAAAUGUCAUCGUGGCAUCAACCAUGCUUCAUCUCUGUUUUGUAGAGUUAGACCUAAGGAAUAGGGCUCGGCCAGUGCCGAGUCCCAGCCUAGAAGACUUAGUAAAGCUUUCCUUUGUGUACUCCUCAGGUAGGUGCAGGACCUGUACGUGUUGUUUUGACACUACCUGAUUUACCAUGAACCUCACUCCAUUAGGGCUUCCACUGAAGCAGGCUUUACAUUUUGUAGUUAUGCCAACCAUAAGAUAGUUGAGCUAAAUUUUAUUGAUAGUCAUUGAAUUAGGUCUCUAAGAUGAGGAACAACCUUGGGGCAUAAUCUGGACUUCCCAGUUAUCUUUAGGGAAGCUCAGAGUACAAUCUCAUUUGCAUGAAGUGACUCCAAGCCAGCCUUGUAUAUGGACUCUGGUAAAAUGUGGGUCUAGUGCAGAGGAAAUAGAUAUAAAUCCCUCGAUGAGCUUUCUACUGCUUAAUAACAUUUCUAGCAUUCUGAACAGCAGGCUGGACCGUUCAAUAUAUUACAUACAUUAAAGAACUAUCAAGUCAUGCAUCUGUAACACUGUAUUGGCUUCCUGUUUUGAAUGUAAAUAUUUAACAUGUAAUCAUUGUAUAUUCUAGGUGAGCUUACGAAUGCUUUCUAAAUAUGUAAUAGCAAAAUUGAAAUAAAUAGAAAUAUAAACACAAUUAUAGCAGCACUCAAUGGUACCUUUUAGAUUCAAAUUAUAAGCAAACAGCUAAUUCUAAAAAGUAAAUGUCAUUAUAAACUUUGGGAAGGUACAGUGUUUUAUAUGUAAUUGUAUGUUCGUGUAUUUAAACCUAAUAAUUUUAAUGUGAAAUGCUUUGAAUAAAUUGU